AUGCUGGCUGACGGGCACUAUGAAGACACUGAUCAGAUAGAUGAUAUUGAUAAUACCGGUUAUACUGAUGAAGAAAGGGAUGACGGACAUCUCUACGAGAGGUUUUUAGUUUCAGAGGGUGCAAGACAGGAGAUGGUGGAACCACCUCAAGAAGACGAAAAUGAAGAGCUAAGAGAUGCUCUUAAUGAAAUGCUAGAAACUAUUGAGCAUGAAGUGCAGUAUAACAGGAGGAAUAGGCAGGCAAGCACGGUAACUGAACAGGCGCCUGCAACACGUGGCAGUACGUCUCCCUCAGCACAAAAUCGAGAUGCAAACCUAAAUGGCAGUGCAAAUAUCAAUCCCAAUAGACGAAGAGAACCUUUAUUUGUGCAAGGACGUCCCUAUCUUCGCACAUUUGUAAGAAAUCUGUUGGUACUCGAUUAUGCCUUCAUGAUAUUUCUUUUUCCCUUCUCACUAUACAACAUUAUACGAUUUGGCUUUAGUUCAAUGACAUUAUCCAAUAACGAUUUUGUCGUGGAUAUAAUGAUGUACUACCACUCAGCCACCAAUUUUGUCACCUUGAAUGAUGCAUUCCUGCUCAAGGAUGGUCAGCAAACUCUGCUAUAUAAAUUCCACAACAUCGUUCUAUAUUACAGCUGGCCAGCAUUCAAGAAACUAUUGACAAGCCAACGGAAAGAGUGGAUGCAAAAACGCAUGCUUGAAGUCUACGAAUUUUCGGUAAAAUCAAUAUCCAUCGUCAUAUAUCUGACAUAUGGGAUAGGAGGUACACUUUAUCUCACGAUGGCGGGAUUCUUCUUUUCGAUAUGUCUCGUGGUAACAAUAGUAAGAAGGUAUAAGAAUGUUCAGCGAAUGGUGGCCGCGGGCCUUGAAAGCUCUGCAGCCUUGCCAGCAUUAUUUUAG